ACCUACGAUUACCUGGCGUAUUACUUCGAUGCUGUUAAAAGGAAGAAACGUAAGCAAGGACGACGAAAAGAAACAGGACCAAAUUCCUAUUGCUGGUGUGACAGAUAUCUUGAGCACAAUGAAGACAAAUGUGACAUUUGUGAAAAACGAUUGCGGAGUUGAGAAGCAAAAAUUAAAUGCUGUUACGAAACCCGAUGCUUAUCUUGUCCCACGGAUAGCUGAUAUACUGGAUACUUUGGGACAUUCUGCCUUCUUCUCUAUACUAGACCUGAUGUCAGAAUUCUGGCAAACUCGUCAACACUUCUGUAACAUUCUAGCGAGUGAUAGACAGAGUCUUCCACGAGGUCAUUUGGAAGUUCGACUGAAAAUAAAUAUGAAAAAGUGUGACUUCUUCAAAAUCAAGUUAUCAUUUUUAGGUCAUGUCAUAACAGUCAAAGGAAUGGCUCUUGACCUAACGAAAGUAGAAAAGAACCACGAAUACCAACUCGCUUUCGACUCACUCAAGAAACACCUAAUAUCGACGCCUAUCAUGACCUACCUAGACUUUUCGAAACGAUUCACGCUUGUCACCGAUGCUUCCGACUGGGGUAUUGGAGCUGUGCUCUCCCAAAAAGAUAAAGAGAACCAUGAACAUCCCGUCGCCUAUGCCAGUCGUCUUUUAAUCACCGCAGAACAAAACUACACCGUCGUCAAGAGAGAAUGUCUUGUCACCAUUUGGGCCAUACGAUAUUUCAG